CUGUGACUGCGGCUCCUCAAUGAGACUUGUGUGACACUUCUCCCGAGUGUGCACGUUGCCAAAACGCACGACACCUUAUCUGUUAUUGCGAGCACUGUUUUGUUCUGUAUUGUCACAGAUAUCCUCGCCUUUCGACGUAAUGCCAGGUGUCGAUCAUUAAUGGUGCGUAACGCGAGUAUUUGGAGACGGGCGUAGAAGUGUGUAUCCAGGCAACAAGCCCAGCACACUGAGAGGACAGACAGGUGCAUUUCACACGAGUGAAAGGUGGAUUUUAAAGCACUUCACUCGUGUUUUGUUGAUAUUAUUUUGGUUUCGUAAGCGCAUAUACUGCGUUUUUCUGAGAGUGGGGACAAUCUGAAACAAAUUCCUGUGGAUUCAUUUUUUGUGGGAAAUAAUGACUUCUUCUGGUCAGCUGGCAGAAUACAGAACUGGGCCUUUGUAUUUCUUUGACCAGCCAAGAAGACGAAACCGAGUUAGAGGCACACGGAGCAACAUUUUGCAUUUUAAUGGGGCACAUGAAGGAGCGCAGUCGGAGGACAAGACACAAAGGUAUCGGGAGAAUGACAACAAAGAAAGUGAUGAGCUCACUAAGAGGCUGUCAGGUGAAACAUGUGGGGACAGUAAACCUGAUACCUCAUCUGCUGUCGGUGCCUCACUCGAUACGAAGGACCACAGUCCGGUGGACGCGUACAAGCGAGCGGCCCCUCAGAUAUUAAAUGAACUGGCCCGUCUUCUUUCACAACAUAAGUGGACUGAGGAGGGCUGUAUUCCUCACGGGGUUGUAAAUAUUCUCAAUUACUCCUGGCAGGAUGUGACCGCAGGGGUGGUGCAUCCAAAAAGUCCGGAACACACACCCAAACGACGAAGGUCCAAAGGUUCAUGGAAGUCGGCCGAAACUCCCCGCCAGGUGUCCGCCAGUGGCAGGAGGGAGACGGGACAGAGAAGCUCGGGUGUUGUGGGAAGUUCAGGUCCCUCAGAGAGGAAACCACAAGUUAGCAUAAAUCCACGUGUGAAAAAGCGCAAACAAAACUGCAGUGAAGCUCACAACUCCUCAACCGUGAGUUUCUCUAUCUCAUCCAGCAGCUGUAAAGACCCAGGUUGGAUCAUUCAGCCAAAGCAGCCCUCCUAUGAUGAGCCUCAGCGGAUCAGUUUGUGUCAGUGGGUGGUGGAGCGACUGCACGCGGCCAGAAACCCUGAAAAAUUGCAAACAGCUGGACAGAACCUGAACAAGCCUCUCAUACUCCGUCACUAUGGAGAAGCAAGGGCAAAACUGAAGGACGGCAGAGCCAGGAGAAAGGCCCAGCCUGCCACUUUAGUUAACGGGAUACCCCAGAUACCAAAGGUGAAGCUGCAGGUUCCAGCACGGCAGAAACUACACUACAGGAUCGACGACGGCUCCUCAUUUAUAUACUAUCCAUCUGGUUGUAUGGCAGUGUGCCAGAGCCACUCAGGUCUGUCCUAUGGAGGCUUCUAUACCAACGUGUUCAGUGACAGUGAGUUUCCCGUUAUGCUGGCGACUAUCACAGCGUUUGGGCGUGGGGCUGUUACACACCCUCUCAGCUCCUCUAUUACAGCAGUGUGGGACCAGGAUGGUGGAUUGAUAAGUGACCACUAUGGGAACAUCACUAAGGAGUGGAGCUGGCAGACUGAUCGUGCACUGAAGGAGAAAAUCGUUAUACAGUUGUCAGAUCUGAUCUCUGUGAUGCUGCUCAGCGGUACCUCUGCCAUGCUUAACUUCAGGUGUAACAAUGAAAGUAUUCAACUUCCUCUUUCUGCCUUGCCUAACAUUAACCAAUCUAAGGAAACGCUGUGCUUGCAGACUGAUGUAAAGUUUACAUCUGAUGCUGCUCAAGACCUCCUGCUGGCAAGGACGAUAAAAUCCCCUGCUGUGGUCCUACAGAGCAAGAGGAACCUGACACUCAGUCCUGUGUCUGUGUGCUCCCGGGAGGUCUCCCAGAUGGUCAGAGAGAUGGAGGGGCUGGAGGAGCCGUCAGCACGGUGGAGAAGAGGAGGGCUUGCUGGCAGGGAGCUGAAAAAGCUUCAGAAGAGAGUGCGAAACACCCUGGAGGACUGGCUGGAUUAUUACCGUGCAGCCACUGGCAUCAAGUGUCCUGACACAGAGCGGAUGCCAGCUGCCCCACUGAGGACCAGGCUGAGGAGAGAGGUGCAGUCAGCUGCUCUGCCUCCUCUGAACCCACCUGAGCGGGCAGAUGCAAAACCAAACCAGCCAGAGGAGUGCAGGACUGAGCUACAGGAGCUGCACAGACACCUGUCAGCGUCAGCAGAAAGACCUGCUGACUCUUCAGUCAGGCUGCCAAGGACGACUAAAAAGCGAUCAAAGGAGGAGCCCCAUGUCACGCAGAUAGGACCUCUUCAAAUUCACGGCAACAUCAAGCCGGAGUCAGUGAUUAUUCCAAAGAGUCCAGAGUCGCAGCCUGCUGCUGUCACCCGUUGCCCAGCCCCGUCGUCACUCACCCCCUCCGUCCCCCUCACAGUGUGCCCUGUGCUGCUGCGAGCUGCCCUGCUGGGGGAGGGGAGGCGGAGGCGGUGCUGCUGCUGCAGUGUGACACUGAUGCCAGUGGUGACGGACCUGGAGUACGAUACCUUUGUGAUGGGCCAGCCUCCACACAGUCAACAGAUCCUGGUGGUGUGUGUGACUCUGCCACGCCAGCCCAUCAGUAACACACACGCAGUGCCUGACCAGGAGGCGCUGGAGCAGCUUUACAGGAGGAGGAAUAAACACAGAACCAUGCCAUGUAGUCAGUGCCAGAUGGAUUCAUUUCGCCUGGUGAGGUACGAGAUGUCAACAGAGAAGCUGAGCUGUGGAUCUGAGAACAUCCUGCUGCAGCAGCGACACAAUGCUUCUCCUGGGAUGGUCCUGAUGUACAUCAGAGGGAAGCUGCUGUUUGUGGGCUACAUAUUCGGUGGUCGCAGCUGCUCAGUCAGGGACCUUCAAAAGCAAAUCUCCAGAACCAGGGGAGACUACAGAUUAGGCCUGAGCCUCCCACCAGACUACAAGUUCAGUGACACAGUGAAUAACCCCACAGCCACAGAUGCACACAACUCACAACAUGCAACACUAAAAGAAGGAGAUGGUGCAACACUGCCUGCUUCAGUGGAAAAGGCCAAUGAGAGAAGAACCACAGAGGCAUCACACCGACGACACAGGGGCUUUUGUAUCAAACCAAAGAAGAAGAAUCCUGCAUUUCCUAAUGUUCCUGUUAUUUCACACUGAAUAUACUCCAGUGACAGGAUUACCUCUGUGUCAUUCUCCACAGUUACAAGAGUGCACCAGCUGUCGAUUUACACUUUAGGUUAAUUUGCAGUCAAACCGCUUAUGCAGGUUUGCACCAAUCUGUAACUGCAGAUUAAAUAUUCCCUUCAACCUUUGACAGUAAGGAGUAAACUGGCAACACUUGUGGGCAUCAGGGGUGAGUGCAGAUGUGUCAGUGCUGUCUGAAUAAUACACUUUUCAUCUUGUAUAAAUAUCCAUGGGAAAUAUGUGUAUUUGUUGUAUUUUUUCAGUAAAGAUGCUCAGAUGUAAUAAAAACACUAAACUACA